AAACUAAUAAGUGUACUCGAUUAUACAACGAUGAACAGUAAAAAAAAUCACCUACUCGUCAGAAGAUAUACGAUACUAAAUAUUUAAUAUUGAACUAUUAUGGGCAAAAGUAGAUAUAAUUGGAGUUAAAUAUAUCUACAUAUGUCAGGUCGACCAGAUGAUAUAGACUUUGAGGAGGAGAUUGACAGGAAGUAUAUCUGUCCUAUCUGUCUGGCCGUCCUGUGGGAUCCUGUCCAGACAUCAUGUGGUCAUCGCUUCUGUAAACUAUGUCUUGGAGGCUUAGUCAGAGGAUCUUGGAGAUUUGGGAUGUCAAGGUGUCCAGUUGACAAAAAGUUUUUCAGUGUUACUGCAGAUCUGUUUGAAGACCAUGCUUUCAAAAGAGAAGUGUUAUCACUAAGAGUAAAAUGUAAUAAUCAUAACAUUGGAUGUCAUUGGAAGGGUGAACUUCGUGAUUAUCAGGCUCAUACAGGUUCCUGUUCAUAUAGCCAAGAGAACUGUGUUUAUGGUUGUGGAACAAGAGUGAAACGUCUGGAACAUGACGAUCACAAACAAGUUUGUCACCAAAGACCUGUGAACUGUGAACAUUGUGAUGAACAAAUAUUCUAUGCAGAUUUAACAAAACAUCAGGUAUUAAUGUGUGAACACUUCCCUGUCCAGUGUACAUUGUGUGGUCAGACAGGUAUUAAACGUAAAGAUAUUUCCUCACAUAUAGAUGUUAACACAGGAGACUGUCCUCAAACUAUCAUCCCCUGUAAAUAUGCUUCUUAUGGAUGUCAAUUUCAGGAUAAAAGACGUUGUAUGUCUGAUCACUAUGCAGCUGAUCCAGACCACCACAUACUGCUUCUAGUCCAGCACAAUGCCAGUCAAGACAGGAAAAUAGCUGAGCUCACCAGUCAAAUGGAAAAACUUAUGUCAGUUGCAAAGAAUGUAGUAAAUCAUUAAUAAUAGCUCAAACUUUAGUUGAUGUAAAUGUAAUGGUCAAAUGUCAGGUUUUGUAAUUGUUUUGCCAAAGUUUAUAUACCCCCAGUAUGUUGAAAAAAUAAUAUGAAAAAUGUAACUCUUGUUUCAAAGUUUCAACAUACAUUUAGAUUAAAAUUGAUAAUACUUUAAUCGAAGUUACCAAUCAAGUAAUUUUCUUUUUCACAUUCUGAAACUAAUUGAUACAAGUAGAUAUGUGAAUUUAUUUUUUAAAUUCACUAGAGUGGGGUGCCCAUAUUCGCCGUGGACACAAUUUCGCCGUUUUAUGAUUUUGAGGUGUAAAAACUUCAAAGGAUGGCUUAAAUGGAAGAAUAAUGCUGGUAAAUUAUAUUUUGAUAACAAAUAUGAUUAAUUUUUAAA